AUGCCAUACAUCGGAGAACAGGGUGUGGAAGAGCGGGGCGCUGAAGAGCCAGAUUCCCAAAAGCUUCACGACCAAGAGCCGGAUGACCAAGAGCAAGACGCCCAAGAUCCGGACACCCAUGGGCAGGACACCCAAGGGCAGGACACCCAAGAGCAGGACACCCAAGAGCAGAACGACCAAGAGCUGGACGACCAAGAGCGGUCCGCUGAAAAAGGGCCGUGUCGGGAUUCUCAAGAGCUACGCGCCCAGGAGCCAGAUGCCCAAGCCAAGGAAACGGCAUGCUGGGAUUGUGAAUUUCAGGAUGCCCGAGAACGGCUCGCCCGAGAAAUGCGCGCCCGACAGCGGAAUGCCCAAGAGCAGCGCGUCAGAGCAUGGUUAGAAUCAGUGCAAGAUACGCAAGCUGGGCGACAGGCAUUCCGGGAAUCUCAGGAGCGGCUGACACAAGCGCAGGCCGAAGGAAUGCAGCUCACCCAAGGGUUGCAUAGACAUGUGCUUGGCCCCCAAGACCGGCAAGCUGGACAAGAGGAGAGGGAUGACCAAGGCGAAAAACAGCCAAGCCAGGUUUCACAGGAGUGUUGGUUCCCUGGAGGGCCUGGCGCUCAGUUGCGGUAUGUCCAAAAGUUGCAAGUGGCAUGUCGAGUCAACGCCGCGAAACAUUAUCUAAAGAUGUUAUGCGCAAAAACUGUAGCCGGAUGCCCCACAGCGGGACCAGGACGCGCCCAACAGCGGGGCCAGGACGCCCAACAGCGGGAGCCGGACGCUCAACGGCGGGAGAAGGAUGCCCUAAAUCCGGACCUGGACCCACUAAAUCGGGAGCAGGCCGCCCAUUUUCGGUAA